CGUGACGUCACAUUCGUCAGCCCUAGUUGGGUUAGGUUUUACGCUGGAUAUUCUAACGAGAAAUUUUUUGUUUGACGAUUGAUGUUUUCUCUGUGUCUGCCGUAGUCGAACGACGCCGAGUGUUACGCGGAGCGACAAUCAGGGCAGUCGCGUCUCGCGGAGCGAACGAUCGCGAGGGGCUCGCGGAGUUUGGCGUAUAUGAGAUUUUAAACGGAAAAUGAGUCGACAUGAAGGGGUAAGCUGUGAUUCCUGCUUGAAGGGAAAUUUUCGGGGUCGUAGAUACAAGUGCCUUGUAUGCUACGAUUAUGAUCUAUGUGCCAGCUGUUAUGAGGGAGGUGCCAGUACCACACGCCACCUCACAGAUCAUCCUAUGCAGUGCAUACUUACUAGAGCUGACUAUGAAUUAUACUAUGGUGGCGAAGGAGUAAGUGUAGAGCAGCCUCAAUCUUUAACUUGUCCUUAUUGUGCAAAAAUGGGUUUAACUGAAGCUACCUUGCAAGAGCAUGUUGCUGCUGAACAUCCUGAUACUUCGUUUGAAGUUGUUUGUCCAGUAUGUGCAGCUGUGCCAGGUGGAGAUCCUAAUCAUGUAACUGAUGAUUUUGCUGGCCACUUGACACUAGAGCAUCGUAGCGGACCAAGGGACCUGAUCUCUUUCCUAGAUGAACCCUCUGCAAGCAGGCAUGGAGUUAGACGGAUACCUCAUCCAUCUAGAGCUGUUGGAGCCCCACGUGCGCGUCGGUCCAACAUGCAUUUCAGUUCAUCCGGAGGAUUGAGCCCAAGUAAUCGAGAAGGUAUAGAUCCAAUUGCGGAAUUGCUGUCUCAAUUAUCGGGAGUACGUAGAAGCGGAGGCGGAAGUGGACAAAGCUCAUCAGCACCUUCGCAACUACAGCAAUUACAAAUGCAAUUGCAAUUAGAACGACAACAAGUCCGGGCUGCUAGACAACAACUCGAGCGAUUACCUAGGAGACAGACACAAGUGAUCGGUUCUGUGAGCGGUGGCAGCGGCGGUGCUAGUGGUGGGAGCGGUGGUCAUUCUACUGCUAUAGGAGCAUCAAAUAAUGCCAGUAGUAACAAUAAUGCAACUAAUGUAACCAAUCCACCUGGUAUACCUUCUAUUAACUCACAGAACAUUAUGUUCCUGUUACCCAGAUGCAUUACGACUACGCUGUCUGAUUCACAACUGCAAAGUAUUGAACGCGAGAGUGCAAAUAGGAGUCUUUUUGCACGCGAACUUAUCGUCGCAACGCUUUCCCAAACAUUGUCAGAAUUGAUGCAACAGCAAUGUAUCGUUCAAACGCCAGCGUCAAAUGCGACUACUGCCACGACCAGCCCCGAAACACCAAACGCCAACACUUCCAUCGUUCCCACAAAGAAAUUGAGUUUAGUUCAGGAAGCAAAGAGGGAACAAGCUACAAGUAAACACAUGACAUCUAUGCAAAAAGAAUCACAUAUUCUGCAGGCUGCUGCUGCUGCUACAACAACUGGUAGCAUGGGCUCAGGUCUGCAAAAUCAGGGCUUACCUCCAAAUCCUAAUAACAUUGCAACGCAAAAUCCACCUAUAGUUCAAACAUUGAUGCAUAGUGUGUUACCUCAGCCAUUGGUACUGCAGCAACCACUGCCGCCACCAAUUAGGAAUACUGGUACUGGAACUAUCAGGGAACCGAUAGCAGCUCCGGCGCCCGCUUAUGUCAGAGGCGGAGUAGCUUCUUCGCGUAGGAAGCCGGUUAGAGCUGUAGAUGGAAGAAAUCAGUCUACGGAGCCACCACCCCCACACUAACCCCUCCUUAGCCCGUGUAUCCACCCAUCCUGAUUCCUCACACAGGACCCUCUAGCACUAGUCCUAGCACUGUUUAGAACACCUCAUCAUUAUUGUUAUUAUUAUAAUAUAUAUUAAUAAUUAUUCGAAACACCCUCUCCUCCCUUCUUUCUCCUUUUCCUCCUCCUUCUCUUCUUACUCAUCCUCUUGUGCCCUACUAUUAUUACUAUUUUCCCGAACUUUAAUCUCGCCAUCUUUGCUGUUAUGUGACAUGGAAUAAGGGCAAGAGCUGAUUUGCGCUGGCCACUGUGGCAUAUCUGUGGAAUAAUAAUGUACAUAACUCACUUAUUGCAGUCAUUCUCGGAAUAUAUAAAGUUCGUUCGCAGGUACUAUUCUUCUUCGAACGAAUCUUGCCAUGUUCUUCCACACUGA